AUGUCUUCAUCCUCAUCCUCAUCGCCAUCCUACGAAGCCCGCUUGCUCAGCCGGACCAACCUCAUCACCAACACCUCCGGCAUUGCUCCGGGCUAUCUGCAAGCGAAUCUCCUCAUCCUGCCCUCCAAGCACGCCGACGAUUUCCACAACCUCUGUCUCCGCAAUCCAGUCCCUUGUCCUCUCCUGGGACGCACCACCACCCCGGGAAAUCCACACCUCGUCGAACCGCCCUCGUGCAUCCAAAACGCAGACUUCGAUAUUCGAACCGACUUCCCCAAAUACCGCGUCUACCAACACGGCCAGUACCUGUCCACCCGCAAUGACUUACUGGAUAUAUGGCGCGAUGACUACGUCGGCUUCCUGAUCGGUUGCUCGUUCUCGUUCGAGGACGCCCUGACGUCUGCGGGGCUGCAGCCGAGACAUCAGAAGACCGGUCGGAUUGUUGCUAUGUAUCGGAGUAAUAUUCCGCUACUGCCAGCGGGCAUCUUCACGGGCGGGUCCUGCAUCGUGUCGAUGAGGCCGUAUCGGCCGGAGGAUAUCGAGACUGCGAGGAACGUGACGAGGCCUUAUCUCGCGACGCAUGGAGAGCCUGUAGCCUGGGGGUGGGAGGCUGUGGAAAAAUUGGGCAUUCGCGAUAUCAAUUCGCCGGAUUUUGGCGAGCCACAGGUCAUGGAAGAGGGUGAGGUUCCGGUGUUUUGGGCUUGUGGCGUCACGCCGCAGAUGGCGGUUGAGUGUGCAGGGGACAAGAUCGAUGAUCUAGUCUUUGCGCACGAGCCCGGACAUAUGCUGGUGACGGACUUGACGGCGGACGAUUUGCAAAGCCUGGGAAAGUGA